UGCGGUGGCACUGAUGAAAACCAAACCAGCACUUGCUGUGAAGCUUGCAGCGUUGCGCAAGACUCUUAUGACAGCACCGCACUUUCAUCAUGUUUGCUAUGGUCAUACAAGCAGAAUAACCAACCAUUGACUCCCAGAGGCGUGACAGCUAGUGUACGCUCAGAUAAAACCGUGUCCCGUGCACUCAGCUACAGUGUUAGAUAUGUGAAUGGAUUAUAUCUUAUUUUUGUCUGCUUUACUGUAUUUUGCAUUUAGUUAUGGCGCGUUUCUCAAGCAUGGACGACAGGUGCGCUGUGUUGAAUCUAUCGCGUCUCCAUCUCGACGACAUGAACUUGGAACACAUCGUGGACAGUAAAAGAAAACAAAUUCAACAGCUGCAUCUCGCUUAUAAUCGUUUAUCUCUUCUUCCUCCUUCUGUCUGUCUUUUAUCCAACUUGGAAUAUCUGGACAUCAGCGAUAACGGCAUCACAUUAAUACCAGAAGACUUUAUACGGUUAACGAACAUAAAGACGCUCGUGGCGAAAAACAAUCUGCUGGAUGAAUCGUCGUUUCCAAAGGAUUUUGCGUGCAUGCAGAUGGAAACUCUGAAUCUGAGUGGAAACAGGUUUGGGGAUGUACCCAUGCAGUUUCUCAAACUCACCAAACUGCAGUCGCUCUCACUUGGUGCUAACAGAUUGAAGAGCAUUCCUCCAGAAAUAGAGAAUCUGACCUGUCUUGAGAUGCUGUAUUUGGGAGGAAACCUGAUCUCCUCGAUCCCACCUGAACUGGCUAACCUCACCUGUCUGAAAUAUCUGGUUCUGUGUGACAAUCGCAUCCAAAGCAUCCCGCCCCAACUCAACAGACUGCACUCCCUGCUCUCUCUCAGUCUUCAUAACAACCUGCUGACCUUCCUCCCUCGUGAGAUCCUCAGCCUCGUGCAUUUGCAGGAGCUCAGUCUUCGUGGCAACCCACUGGUUGUGCGCUUUAUCAAGGACAUGACCUACAAUCCUCCUUCCCUAUUGGAGCUGUCCGGUCGCACAAUCAAAUCACACAACCUCCUGUACCUGACGAAUGACCUACCGUCCAAUCUAAUCCAUUAUUUAAACUUGGCAAGUGAGUGUCCGAAUCCGAAGUGUGCAGGUGUUUACUUCGACUCGUGCGUGAGGCACAUCAAGUUUGUGGAUUUCUGUGGGAAGUACCGCCUGCCGCUCAUGCAUUACCUCUGUUCUCCUCAGUGCUCCUCUCCGUGCAGCUCAAAUCCACAGAGCGAAGCAGAGUCGGAGGACGAGAACAGCGUACCUCCAGACAGACUCCAAAGAGUACUGCUGGGAUAGGACGGACCUCAAACGGGAACACUUACAUCUUAUAUGAUUUCAAUUUAAUACUGAAUGUGUUCAUAUCUAUACAGUAUGAAACGUAUGGCUUUUGGGCUCAUCACAGGUCCCUGGUGACACCCCUGCCUAAAACCUUUAACUUUUUUAGUGGCUCAACCAUAAAAGCACUGUUUAUUAAGAUUAAACCGUGUUAAACUCAUUUUCAUUUAUUAAGUUGUUUUACACUAAUAAAGUGUUUGCAUAUAAAACCACUGUUGCAUCACUUUUAAAAACAGUAUUAAGGAUUUAGUCUGCUACAUACAUACAAGCUGUACUACUGACAAAUGAAGAACAAACUGCUUUUUUGCAAACUGCUACUUUGCUCUUAUGGAAAAUGUGAUCAAUACAUGAAAGGUUAUUCUUUAACCUUUCCUUUGUAUUGACUGUCAAGACUCUUCGGUCCAAAGGUUGGAUACUGAAGUUCUCAGGAUUGAUGCCAAAUAUUUCUCUGAGGAUGUAUAAUGUUUAUAUACACUGACUUGUUGCCAAAGAUUUGCUUAGUUGCAAUGUUUUAAGAAGCAGAUGUAGUUAACAGUAUCUAGUUUCUAAUGAUCUGUUGAAUAAUCUUAAUAAUAA